CCUCACGGAUGCUUCCUCUUUGUAUUGAUCUAUUGAUGUCGAUACACUAGUUUACGAGAGACAAAAGCGGUUUGACUUUCCAAACCAAUUUGUCUGGUUGAUAAACAUGUCUGCGUGUGGAAUGUUUCUUGCUUUGAUUACGAUGAACUUGUCGACUUUGAGGAUACUGGCAAAUCCUGCAGGUAUGCGGACUGAAAAUAUCAUAGCACAAAUACUAAAGUUAACAACAGAACGCUGAACAAGACGGUGCUCGUACGUAAACAAACAAUAGACCCUUCUACUGCUUUCUUACCAGCUGGGACAGAAAACAUUCAUUUAUACUCAUGAAAAGGGCGCCUUGAAAUUGGAAUACUUGCUAGGUUAUAAAGUUAUCGUGCGAUUUUAAAAAGCUCCAAGACGUCACGAAAUUCUACAGAGUGGAGGAAUUAGGCCUCCUACCAAUGAAACGUAUCGCCUGAAAAUUUCUCUCUUUUGCGGACUCAAUUUCGUCGUUAGUUACCAACAUAUCACUGAUAAACUUGGUAGAUGUGCUGACUUUAAUGUGCCUAUGGGUUUUCGCAAACUGGUCCUUAUCAAUAGUUGCAAACAUAGCGUCAACCAGGGCAGAUCUGCAGCGAUUACAAUUCACUUCACUGAUUACUAAGCCGAUCAUUCUCUUUCAUUCUCUUUCCUUUGUUUUUCGAAGACAAUGAAAUGAUUUAGGUUCAAAGCAGUGGAGAGCCGAAACGGAAAAAAUUUCCAUUGCAAAGCAGGCCCCAACUCGAGUUUAAGUAUCGAUUCCAUAUCCGUUAAAGCAGUGCAUCAUCGAACAUUUAAAGCAGGAAAAUAUGAUUGAAGGUUGACGAGGUUAAGUAAACGGGACUGAUCACUUGGUCACCGAAAUGACAGGAACAACUGGAUGCUUUAGGAUAAUCUAGUUUUUCGCCGGUCGCUGGUGGAUCCUGGUAAAUAGUCGGGGCAUAUAAAGGAAUUGUAUCACAUGAAAGAAUCACAACAAUGUGCAAAUUGAAUGUUGGACCUACAAUGUUAAGCUAUACAAAAACAUUCAUCCAUUCAAAUUGAUUCAGUAAAUGCUUAAAAGUAAUUAAAACGAGUCUCUUGUCAUGAUACUACCAUUACAGAUAAAUUUCAGAGGAAAUAAAAAGCAAAGCAAGCUCUGGGAUUAAUAAUAUCUAUGAUCGAAUUAUUAAGUUUAUUUAUUCAUUUAUUUAUUUUUAAACUUCGCCAAAAGGCCCGGAUCACUCAUAGAGCAAGCUUCACUACGAGGUCCCGCAGAAGACAGUGAAAUGAUUCGAACCAUUGGAGAGCUGAAACGGAAGAAAUUUCCAUUGCAAACUGACCGGUCCCAACUCGAGUUUAAGACAACCGAUUGAACCUUAAACUUUCAAGUAUCGAUUCCAUCUCUGCUAAAAAAGCAAUGAAAUAUAGAGUAUAGAGAGGAACAUUACUCGGCGGCACGAAGAUAUGAAUUUUAUUUUUUCGAGUGGUGAAAACAAUAUUUUAAGAAGGAGCGCAGCGAGUGAGUAAAAUAUCGUUUUUCACCACGAGAAAAUAAAAUUUAUAUCUUCAAUCCAACGUGUAAUUUUCUUUUUAUUGCGUCGACGGAGGAGACGCUUCCUAAUUGAGUCGUUGGUUACUCUGUGUGUUCGUGGGUAGCCUGUGCAUGUUCCAAGCACUAGAAAUCGAGAAAAGAGGUUGUCGGUCGGUUCCAAAACUGCGCCAUCUUGAAACGUCACAAUAGCAUCCAGCAUGCCGAUCGUGCCAUGCGCCAUUUUGAAACGUCACAAUAGUAUGUUUGCGUUAUAAUAGUAUCCAUAAUUCCCAUCGCGUUCCUGUUCCCAGCGCGUUUCGCAACCUUUGGAUUUCGUGGUUUAAUUUGGGAUCUUUCUUGCUUCUUCGUGAAUUCUACAAACUUCAAGGCAAGAUCAAUCUUUUCUUUUCUAAAUCGUUCGUACAUCAAAUGCUCAGGGAAGUAUUCACCAUUCCUGGAGCUUUUGCGACACCUGAUGUCCAAACGGCAUAUUCUACCAUAUUGCUGCUGGUACUAAUCUUAAAAAUGAAACUACUCAGUCAAAUGAAACGAGUCAUUUUACUCAAUCAAAAGUAACGAUUUCUCAUACUCAGUCAAAUAAAAUCAGUCCAUCAAAUGAAACGAGUCGUUGCACUCGCUGGCCAUUAAGCACAAUGACCCACCCAUUGUGCACACGCACAUACCAGUUGAACGGAGUCAUUGCAACUCGCACUCUGACCCACUGCGGUCACAAAGCAAACAAAACCGAGUCGGUGUACUCGGUGGCCAUUAAGCACAAUGACCCAUUGUGCACACGCACAUACCAGUUAAACGGAGUCAUUGCACUCGCACUCUGACCCAUUGCGGUCACAAAGCAAGUAAACCGAGUCGGUGUACUCGGUGGCCAUUCCGUCAAACAAAUGUUGUUGUACCAAACACAGUUACCUUCGCCGUUGACCUGGAAAACUGAGCUUCAUUAGAGAGACCUAAGGCGACGCACUAUAGUACGAUUACUGCUAGUGAUAUAUAGACAAGAGUGUUUAGGUACCAUUUUUCUCUCUAACUCCCAGCACAAACUUUAUCGCGAACUGCUGUAGUUCAGUUGUAGGAAUUUCUUAAAGUUCUUUCCUUUCGUCUUCACUUGUAAGGAACUCUUUGAAUAAUUUUGAGUCAUACAAAGCUUUCUUCUGCGUAUAAACAUUCUCUUGCUCCUCAGAGAAAGAUUUCAUGUCAGCUUGAGAUAACUUCACGAAUCUAAUCGCUCUCCAUUUUCUCUUGGCAUUUGGCAAACUGUACACAAACAACAUACAGUUUGAGCGGAAAAUGAAGUCAUCGAUAUCCUCACUAGCGAAGACAAGGAAAUUACCUCUUCUGAAGUCCUGGAAGUAGUUUCAUAUGAACUAUACGAAUGGUCUAUUUUCCACUAAAACACUCUUGUCUAUAUAUAAUUAAUUCCACUACCUUUUUCGCAUUUUUUAAUCCGUAAUUUACAACAGGGAAGAUUUAAAAAUAAAUUGCUGAAUUUAUUUUUAUCCAUAGUUUAUUUGUCUUCUUCAGUGUUCUUUUCAUUGAUCCUUGAAGGCUGGUUUUUACUAGCGACGGAGUCGGAGUCGGAGUCGUAAUCAGACGCUUGGAACUUUACGAUUUAGUGAUCUAACAACCUUCUGAUGGCGCUUACGACUGCGUUUUACAGGAUCAAGAGAAGAGUCGCAAACAGAAGCGGAAGAACUAAACCAAUCGCAAAGCUUGGGAAUGUGCAAUGUGAUUCGUUUAUCCUUCUGCUUCUGCUUCCGCGACUCUGACAAUCUGAUUUUCACUACUGAGAUCAUAAGCGGAACGUAAGCGACGGAGUCGUAAGCGGAGUCGGAAGAAAUGGAAACGUUCUGAUUCUUCUGACUCCGAUUCCGUCGCUCUUACGACUCCGCUUACGACUCCGACUCCGUUGCUAGUGAAAACCGGCCUUAAAAAGGCGAUUAAUACAUUUUAUGAACGGAACAAUACUGAGUUCCAUAGAUAGGACUCUACCAUGCCAUAAUUGAACUUGCGAAAAAUAACACAGUCAAUACCAUACCAGCAGAUUUUUGUCAUUUUCGGCAAAACUCCUGAGGUACUAGACUUAAUUGUCCUUUGUCGAGACUACCUGAACUAUCUCUGAUACAAAUAAGCUUGUAUCAAAGUGUUAUGUUGAAAUUGAAUAAUGUAAUAAUAGCAAUACUAAGGCAAUCUUAAAAACUGUUUAAUGAACAAAUCGGUUUCCUUAGGCUCAGUUUUUAGAAUAAUGCAAUAAUAGCAAUACUAAGGCAAUCUUAAAAACUGUUUUAUAAACAAAUCGGUUUCCUUUGGCUCAGUUUUUAGCUUUUCCGUGCUUAUUGCCAGCGCUUAGGCCCGGAAGACUUGAAGCUUUACUAUACUUUUAGGUAUCAAGUAUUUCAUGGCGACUUGUGGGAGACAGAAUUGUGACUCAGUUUGCGCCUCGUUUGGUCUUCAAUGUGCCGGAACAGGCCAGAGCUUUCCAAACUCAUCUGCUUUAUCCAUAUUUCAGUCUUUGGGAAUAACUUGUGAAACAAGUGAUUAUACAGAUUUUUACCACUACCUAGACCAACCAAAUUAUUUUUCAACUUUGCCACCAAUGGAAGGUAAUCUGUGGGCUGGUAGAUGCACUGGAUUCAAGGCCAUAAAUAGUACUAUUGACUGUCACACCGCUAACAAUCCAAACGUUCGAAGGCUGUGCCCAUGCCAUAACUCUUCAGGUAGGCAUUGAAUAAUAUACGUUAAUAAUACAGAAAACAUACUAUCCAGUCAGUCUACUUUGUCUGCACCGACGCGUAACUUUUAGUUUCUUAUAAUUAUUUUCCUUCAGUUUCAUCAUGCAUAUAACCUCAGUUCUGGUUGAUACGAUAUGUGCCUUUUAUUGCAUUUGCCUCCAGUGUUGAACUGUUUUAUUUUGCCUUCUAGUCUUCUCCGACGAAGACGAAACACCGAAGGCAUCGUCUUGCCUAAUGUAAGAAAAUCCAAGACAGUCUUGGAUUUUGGAUUCCACUUACCUGGAAUCGGUAUUCCUUGUCGGUGGAUUCUGGAUUCCAAUCCCUGAGCUGAAUUUCCAGUAAUAUGGAUUCCACAAGCAAAACCCGGACUACCUUACCUGAGGCGACACUGUCUUGCAGUGCUUCCACUUUAUCUAAGUCUGUUGGAUGUUAAAGGAAUACCAGGGUGUAAUAAAUCUCUGGAAUACCAACCCUAGUAUACUUUCCUUGGUCUUGGGUGGGAAUAUCUGCAGGUGGCCGGACAUAACCUCUUGAUUUCCCUCCGGUGGCUGCCUGUGAACGGAGUAUUAGUGGAAACUGAGAAAAGUUCACCAACUCAAGUGAAGUCUGGUCCAAGCUAGAUUUUUGGUGAUCUUUAGUGCUAAGCAAAAAUAGAUAUAUGGAUGUUUACUGUUUCGUCAUUAUUUUCCUGUUUGAUAGCUGUCCUUCUCCCAACGCAAUCGACUGCAACAGAGACUACCAACAAAAUGACAAACACCACCUCAAGAAGAAUGGUAACAUCCGCAGCUCACACCAGGGCCUUACAAGAACAUCCUACUGGAAACAAUGCGCCUCAUCGUCAAACAGAGAAUGGGGAUGGCGUAUAUAAAAAUGCUCUAAUUGCGGUCAGCGUUAUCUUAGCUGUUGUCUUGGUGAUGUGCUUUGUGGUUCUGCUGUAUCUAUUCGUACAGCGGAGAAGAAAACAUUUAAGGUAUAGUUUUAUUCAGUUAAGGCGACCACGGUAUCAUGAUUUGGUUCAGUUUUCAUUAGAAAGAGCGCCAAUUAGUUCCAGUAAUCUUAGUUAUUUCAUUCUAGAUUUACUCUGCUUUUUUCUCUUCGUUUCCCUAUCGGAGUUGAACGCCCCCUUGUAUCUAGACUGCUGAAUUAAACGCCGUGAGAGUACGCGCCAAAAAGAUCGUAAUUUCACGUGUUCCGCUCCAUUUGCGUUUAGAAAUGAGAGGUUAUGAACAACUUUGUAAGAAAACUCUCCCUCGGCCCUUCUUUUGCAAUCUCGAUCAUUUGCCUUAUGCUUCAGUGUUUAAGUAGCGAAAUGUCUAGGCGUACAGUGGCUGACUGUAGCGUAAACUCGCUGUCUCUUUCUGUUGGCCAGUAAUUUACUGGCUGAUGUUUCUACUGCUCGUCACUUUUUCGUGGAUGUUUUUUUUAUCAGCAAAGAAAAAAGAGACGCUGAGAAGAGCGAUAAUGGAAAGUGUUAUGUUGAAUAUAACAAGACUGGAACUGGUACUUCAGAUAUGAUGGACGGCUUAGCUGUAGUGACGGAUGACGACAAUAGGUGUGUUUUUGUCAAUACUAUUUUAAAAAAAAUCCGCAACAUAUUAUAACUAUUAUAACUAUUCACACAGCGCGCAGCUGUGUGUUAUUCAGGGGUUUAUACUACUACAAGAGAAAUCAUUGCAAUUUGAUUGGCUUAAAGCAGUGGUAUUUCAGCUUAAUUUGAAAUACCUACAUGUUAAAAUUACAAACCUUUUUUGUGUUGUAGUAUAAACAAAUAACAGCAUGAUUUGUACGUGAUAUUCGGCAUAAAUACCACUCUUGAUAUUUCAAAAUUGUCUCAAAUUUCACUCGCCUAACCGCUCUUGAAAUUACGUAUAACAAUUUUGAAAUAUCACUCGUGGUAUUUAUACCAGAUAUCACUACAAAUCAUGCUUUUACCUAUUAUACAAAUUUAAUAAAAUUUUUACAAGUAUAUGAAAAUAACAAGAGUAGACACUGUUUUAGAGUUUAACCCAACAGCUAGACUUGUAAAGAACAGUAAACGUUUUAUUAAACUGAUCCCUGCAGGCUUAUCGAUCAAAUGGUGCUCGUGGCCUGCGGAAUUAGCUUAGUAUAGAGCGCAGACCUUACAGAGCGGGAUGACGGGGGUUCAGACUCGUACCCAGUCGCCUAUCUGUAUUCGCGCCGCGCGGUGGUUAAUGAGAAGGAUUUGCCAUGUGAGUUCGCAGCCCAUGAAGGGAAGGAAGGAAGAAAAACACGACCUUUUCCACCUUUUUCCUCUCCUUUCGAAGCGCCUUUGCGUGCGUCAAUUUUUCUUUCCAUAUUCCUUGGAGAGAAGAACAGUAAGUAUCGACUGGCUACGAAUCUGACGUGGGUUCGACCCGUUGCAGUGGACCCAUACAAGUUUUGAAAGAAAUCACUAUUUCGCGGCUGGUACAUGCAUGACCCACCAAUCACGCGAUUUUCAAACAGAGAACUUUUUCGUGGGUUUUUAACUCCUUCAUGGCCAGAAUUUUGUUCAUUUGUAUUUAGUUUUGUAGAAAUAUUCCAUUAUUUUCUUUAAUUCACAGCUACUGUGAUCCGAGAAGUACCGAACUGUCAAUUCCCAACUCGACCGAAAUGGACGUCAAGAUGCUGGCCGAUAAACCCAGGUAAACCACAUAAUACAAAAUUGUUGACAAAGUAGUUCCUUCAUCAUUUAAGCUUUCUGCAAGUGCUUGCAAAAAUUAAGCUUCUUUUUUUUUCCAGUAACAACAAGGACAUGAAUGAAAAAUCCACUGAUAACAUUCUAUACGUCAGGUAACAUAUUGCCUUCUUCUUUCUAAAGAUCAGUAUUUUUUAAGUGUCAUUGUCUGAGAAAGUGUUCUAGGGGCCAAAAGUUGUGGUCAACCGAUUUGGCUGAAACUUGGCACAGAAGUUCGGUAUAAUGAGAUAUUUCAAAAGCCACUUUGGCUCACUUCUCUGAGUUUUAGUUUUGGAGUUACAGGGGGGUCUCAUUUCUUGCCCUUUGAGCACCAAAAAUCCAGCCUUCCAGGGGGCAUUUUGAAAGUGUGAUAAGACCCCACUGGUACAUUGUGCUGCCAAAUAAAUUUGACCAUGAAUUCUACUAUAAUAGAGCUUUCAGUUCAUGCAUGUAACUUUGUCCUCAACGUAUUGCACAGAGAGGAGCCUGGGGCUAGAGUUUGGCCAAAAUUGAUGUUAAAAUUACAACCCAAAAUAGCCAUUUUUCAAAAUUUCACUAUAUUCACCUGCCUUCUUGCAUGACUUCCAAACCUAUACCACUGUUUACUUUAGUCACCCAGUUAUCAAAAUCAGUAGAGAAAAAUUUGGCUUAUUAUGGUUUAUUGAAUUUUUGGAACAAACACUUCAUGCCCCUCUAAGGCGAUGCAAAAUGGAAUUUUGAGCCUAAUUCAGGCCAUAAACAAACCAAAUUGUUGACAAGAAGCCCUUAUUUUGUAUUUGGUAAGUGAAAAUGAAUUGUCAAAGCCAAGUCAGUUUCGUUGUUUAGAAAUACACCGAUUCUUACCUUAAAAUUGAUCUAAAACGGGCCUCUGAUUAGCGCAACAAACACAUAAUUUAGCAAAACAAAGGUGAUUUUAUUCUUUGAAAACCUAGUAACCAUCAUAGAACACAAAUGAUGAUGUUCUGAUGUACAUACAACAAUCUUUUUACAAGAUGCUUAAAUUUGUCUUUGAUUUAUAGUCAGUUUUACGUCAUAUUUCCAAGCAUUACUCCAAGCAUGUAAAGUCUCCAUAUUUUGUCAGGCCCAUUUUUUAUAUUUUUACCAGAUAAAUUUAGUUUAUCAAAAGGUUCGUUAACAUAUAAUCUUCGUCUGACCUUGUAAUAGCCUGAAUAGUUGUUUUAAAUACCCAUCAGCAAAGGAGCAUGACCAUACAUACGUAGAUUACACAGACAUAUACGAGCUUCAGUGAGCAGUAUCGAGGUGAACUGUGAUUUUCCGAGUCCUUUAGAGCUGAAAAAAUGAAACCAUCCAUCCACGGUUAGGAGAGCUGGAUAACAAAAAGCUUGUUUUGCUUUUAUAAAGAAAAUAACCCAAACAAAGCCUUGCAUUGAGAUGAUGCACUUGUUAUUACAUCAAGUUAGCUGGCCCGCCAUUUUGGACUUGAAGAGUGUGGGGACUGGACCGAGUUCCCGUCCAAUCCUUCUCCUGUUUCGCGGGAAUUUUUUCUGUUUUUCAUCAGGUUUGUUCGAAAUUCUAGAAAGCGAUCUGUUUCAGGAUAAUUUUUCGAUGGCACUUUAUUCCUUUGGAGGGGUAAAUGACCAGUGCAGUGUCACGUCAUGGGCUGUGCAAGAAACAGGAAUGCUUCCUUUGUUGUCUUGCGGUAGUGACAUGACUGCAUAGUUAAAUCACAAGUAGAAGGGUUCAGGUGUGUCCGGGGAAGAAGAGGAAGAACUGGUGAUGCCAAAGCUACAGGUGAUUCAAAAUAUCAGUUAGGGAUCAUACACGCGCACAAAAUGAUUUUUAUCGCAGUUCACGGGACUCUUUUGCUUGAAGAAAGACUGCAAUGAUAUACAAUUUACGAUGUUGUCGUCUCAAAUUGUUUGUUCACAUGGUUGAUUGAUUCCCAUGUUAAUUUCCUGGGUCCUUACGAAGAGCACUAAACAUUCAACAAACUCAUUGCAGCAACAUCUUUCUAAAAAAAUAAAUAACAAUAAUGAUAAUAGAAAUAACUUGAAGGCUGUUUUUUGUCUGCUCGAGCUGUUUGUUUACAUUCAGCUUGUCACGUGGGCACGCUUAUCAAGCAAGGCUAAGUUUGGCAAUGCACAAUUCGAGCCAGCUUGCAUUGAAACUCCACCGGUCUCCUUUAUUUACCUGUUUCGUCGAAGACAAGUCAACUUAAAAUAGGCUUAGCUACAUAAUUCCGAAGGAAUUGUUUUGGGAAUUUUGGACAUGAAAAAGAAUUUUAGAAAAUCUCAAGAAUAUUAAAAAAAAAUUGACAAAUACUAGAACUUAAAUAGCAGUAGAUAUAGGAGAAUACUGAAUAGCAACAUUUCACAGGCAGAAACGUUGAAAAAACGUUUUUAUUUUUCUGUAUUCCUACCAACCAAGAGAGGGCUCAGUCCACCCACAUGCUAAAACAGUGUCUGGAGUACUAUUCACUGAGGACAACAAAUCAGCAGUUUUUCAUCAGAGUCUUCAACACUACAACUAAUCAGCGGUUAUUCACCAAAAGAGGCCCUCGCUAUCAAAAAAGAAUAAAAAUUUUAUGAGUUUUUUUAGGGAAUUUUAGAGAGUUUUAGCAGAUAACACUCAUAUUUAGGUAUAUUUUUUCAUUAUUCUUUUAAUUGAAUAGUUAACAUUAUUUUAAAUAAUUUUUUAAUUAAAUAAUGAAACAAUUUUUUCUACAAAUAUACACAAAUCUUCCGUGCUCUUCCAGAACGAUUCAGAGUCAGUUCCCAUUCAAGUACAACAUAUGUGUGUUCAUUGCCUAUGCAUUACUCCAAGCAAAUCCAAUAAUAUCAACUAAUUCGGUCGAUUUUGCGACGACAUUUUAGUGACAUUUUCUCCCUGAAAAUGUCAAUUUCGUCGAAAAACUUAGAUGCAGCAUGUUUGCAAAGAUCUUUGACGAAAAGGGUAAAUAAUGGAAACCGGUAACUGAAUUGUGCAUUGCAUGAUAAGCGUGUGCACGUGACAAGCUUAUAAUGUAAGCAAACAGCUCGAGCAGACAAAAAAGAGCCUUCAAGUUAUUCCUAUCGUACUUGUUUUUUCUUUCUUUUUUUGGACAAAUUUGAUGAAUGUUUAGUGCUCUUCCUAAGGACCCAGGAUAUUAACAUGGGAAUCAAUCAACCAUAAACAAACAAUUUGAGAAGACAAUAUCGUAAAUUACAUAUCGUCGUCUCUAAAUCUCUUUUCAGUCAGAAGAGUGCCGUAGAUCACGAUAAAUGCCAUUUGUCCGCGUAUAUGAUCCCUAACUGAUAUUUUGAAUCACCUGUACCUUUGGCAUUACCAUUUCUUCCUCUUCUUCCCCGGACACACCUGAACCCUUCUACUUGUGCUUUAACCAUGCAGUCAUGUCACUAUCGCAAGACAACAAAGGAAGCAUUCCUGUUUCUUGCACAGCCCAUGACGUGACACUGCACUGGUCAUUUACCCCAAAGGAAUAAAGUGCCAUCGAAAAAUUAUCCUGAAACAGAUCGCUUUCUAGAAUUUCGAACAAACCUGAUGAAAAACAGAAAAAAUUCCCGCGAAACAGGAGAAGGAUUGGACGGGAACUCGGUCCAGUCCCCACACUCUUCAAGUCCAAAAUGGCGGGCCAGCUAACUUGAUGUAAUAACAAGUGCAUCAUCUCAAUGCAAGGCUUUGUUUGGGUUAUUUUCUUUAUAAAAGCAAAACAAGCUUUUUGUUAUCCAGCUCUCCUAACCGUGGAUGGAUGGUUUCAUUUUUUCAGCUCUAAAGGACUCGGAAAAUCACAGUUCACCUCGAUACUGCUCACUGAAGCUCGUAUAUGUCUGUGUAAUCUACGUAUGUAUGGUCAUGCUCCUUUGCUGAUGGGUAUUUAAAACAACUAUUCAGGCUAUUACAAGGUCAGACGAAGAUUAUAUGUUAACGAACCUUUUGAUAAACUAAAUUUAUCUGGUAAAAAUAUAAAAAAAUGGGCCUGACAAAAUAUGGAGACUUUACAUGCUUGGAGUAAUGCUUGGAAAUAUGACGUAAAACUGACUAUAAAUCAAAGACAAAUUUAAGCAUCUUGUAAAAAGAUUGUUGUAUGUACAUCAGAACAUCAUCAUUUGUGUUCUAUGAUGGUUACUAGGUUUUCAAAGAAUAAAAUCACCUUUGUUUUGCUAAAUUAUGUGUUUGUUGCGCUAAUCAGAGGCCCGUUUUAGAUCAAUUUUAAGGUAAGAAUCGGUGUAUUUCUAAACAACGAAACUGACUUGGCUUUGACAAUUCAUUUUCACUUACCAGAUACAAAAUAAGGGCUUCUUGUCAACAAUUUGGUUUGUUUAUGGCCUGAAUUAGGCUCAAAAUUCCAUUUUGCAUCGCCUUAGAGGGGCAUGAAGUGUUUGUUCCAAAAAUUCAAUAAACCAUAAUAAGCCAAAUUUUUCUCUACUGAUUUUGAUAACUGGGUGACUAAAGUAAACAGUGGUAUAGGUUUGGAAGUUAUGCAAGAAGGCAGGUGAAUAUAGUGAAAUUUUGAAAAAUGGCUAUUUUGGGUUGUAAUUUUAACAUCAAUUUUGGCCAAACUCUAGCCCCAGGCUCCUCUCUGUGCAAUACGUUGAGGACAAAGUUACAUGCAUGAACUGAAAGCUCUAUUAUAGUAGAAUUCAUGGUCAAAUUUAUUUGGCAGCACAAUGUACCAGUGGGGUCUUAUCACACUUUCAAAAUGCCCCCUGGAAGGCUGGAUUUUUGGUGCUCAAAGGGCAAAAAAUGAGACCCCCCCUGUAACUCCAAAACUAAAACUCAGAGAAGUGAGCCAAAGUGGCUUUUGAAAUAUCUCAUUAUACCGAACUUCUGUGCCAAGUUUCAGCCAAAUCGGUUGACCACAACUUUUGGCCCCUAGAACACUUUCUCAGACAAUGACACUUAAGUGAAAAUGUAUCAGCCGGCUUACUCUCUCCGGCUCCAUGUAAAGGUUUAAAAGACUCCCGAGACAUUUUUGCACAGUGCAAUUUAUCUUUAUUUUUUUUAUCUAUUUGUUUGUUUCUACCAGCGGCUCUGAUGGAGAAUAUACAGCUUUAUCUAAAGACCACACUCCACCCACUUACGAAAGGUAAAUUGAUGUAUCCUGGCGGAUGGUUUAAGUAAUUCCCCUUGUUACUUUCAAAAUAUAAAAAGUAAAACUGAUAAUGUUUUAAAACUGACAAUGGAGGCCUUAUGCGCCUAUUGGCGCGAUUAGACAUAAUGAUGAUGAAGAAAACUGACAAUGACCUCCUCGGUACAGAUUCAAAAAGACAGUAAGCCAGAGGUGUCUGUUUUUAUUCAUACGGAAUUGUUUGAAAUUUCGAAUUCUUUUCAAUGAGAUUCACCGAAAGAACUGUCCACGGCAGGGAAGAGAGUUGUUUUUCUUGCGCUCUUUGUAACUGGUAUGAUUUAAUUUACUAAUAAAAAGACUUUUUGAUUCCUGAUCCCAUUCAAACCGUUGGCAUUAAAUUCUCAUAGGUGUAGAUAUAACUCUUAUUAUGACUUCUAAACCUCAGUCCCUUAUAUUUAAGUUAAAAAAAGACCAAAAGCAACAACAACAACUAACACGUCACAACUUUAUAUUAGCGUUUUGGUCUUUAUCCUGGUAAUCAAUAGUGUUUUUGUAACGUUCAAUAAUGCAAAAUACACAUGAAAAUCUAAUUGCACGAGCAGUACUUUUUCAUAAAUAUUGAUUUUUUCCCUUUUUGCUUUCAGACUGGUUUAAUCUCUGUGGUAGUGCAGGCAGCACGAGUAUACAACACUGGCAACACGAACCCUUUUAUAGUUUUGCAGUGUUGUCAAACUUGAUUUAGUUGUGUUUUACUUUUACUUACGAUUUAAUAUUUUGCUAGUGUCUGACGUAAAGGGUGUUGGCAAGGGAUAAGCCACACCUCUUCGAGACCUGAAACAUCUUAUUUUUCAGCUCUCGGUUAAAUAAGUACUUUUUAGCACUUUAAGCGCAGUGUCUUAAGACUUAUUGCUCGCAUCAACGGAACACUAAGGUCAAUUUACAGUAACUCAGUUAAACCUCGUCAAUAGGGACACUAAGGGGACCACAGAAAGUGUCCGUAUUAAGCGGGUUGAAAUUCGAGUAAAUGACAGGUCUUUUCCCACCCAGGGACAAAGCAAACUGUUCGUAAUUAUAAAGAUGUCCGUAAAGCAGGGUGUGACUGUAUAAGAAAAUGCAGGAUUACAGUUUUUGCCGCUUGUCUGUGACUCUUCAAUUCCAUUCGUCCUUCCACGUAAACCAAUGUGGAAUGUCACUCUUACCCAGGGAAGAAUGUGAGAAUAUACAGUAUGUCAUAAAAGUGAUGUGCGCCAGUCAGAUCAAAUUUUGACAGCUGUCAAAAUAAGACAUUUGCUGACCUAUACUGAGCCCGUGGUGGUAUAAGAAUUAAUGUAAUGUCUCCAAAAAAGUAUCCGUACUGCACUGUAUAUUAUCAAUUUCGGAAUCGACACUGAAUAGAAUUGCAUGGUAGAGAAUAAGGAACCAACAAUCGCCAAAUACAGCUGCAUUUAUGAAAUGUGUUAUUCUUUACGUUGCAGCCGGUGGGCGAGUAAUGAUUUAGCAAAAUAACGCCUCAUACAGGGGCGAGAAAAGCUUUUUAAAAAAUCACACAUGGCACAGUUAACAUUUCGCUUGAACUUUUAUUUACAUUCAUAUCUGUACAUGUAUUUUGAAGAUAUGGUGAUCCGAAUACUAAGAACAUCAUAUGUCGAACAUCGCCAAGAGAACUUGCUCACAUGGCUAUUCCAGCUACUUGUUAAUGAAAAUCCUCAUCCUGAUUCCCUCUUGCCCUUGCCCUACUUUUAAGUAAAUUACAAUAUCUUUGCUUCUUUAUCACCAACGAGAUAAGAAGUAACUACACCAUAAUAGCAUUGACAUCAGCGUACUUGCUUCUGUAGCGUUUGUUGUAGAUGCAGUGGAACCUGUUUUUGUGCGAUUAUUAUUCCAUGUGCCGUUGAUGUCAGGAGUACUUGGAUUUAAGAACGUGGUAGUUCGCGUUGGGGCAAAACUGUAUGAUGAACCCGUAGAUAGCACUGAGGAUGAUGAUGAUGUUGAUAAUGAUAAUAAUAAUGAUGAUGAUGAUGACGAUGACGACAAUGAUGAUGAUGAUGAUGAUGAUGAUGAUGAUGAUAGCGUUGGUGUUGGUGGUGGUGGUGGUGACCACGGCGAUGAAGAAGGAAAUAGUGAUGGAGACUUCGGUAUUGGUGGCGGAAUUUCUGUAAAGAAAUAG